AUGUUCGCUAAUCCUCCGUCACCUCCGCCGCCGGCGAAACGGUUUAAUUCAGAAGAAUCUCAUCAACCGGUUUUCCCAUUCUCGGAUCAGGAUCCAGGUCUCCUUCGCCGUCAACAACAAUUCCAGUUUCCAUUUCCGUUUCACCAGCAACAAAUCCCGUCUUCUUCUUCUUUGUCUUUGGUUCCGGUUCCGCCGCCGGAAAUGGCUGGCUAUGACCAAUCAGUCAUCAUCGAGCAGCUGUUCAACGCGGCGGAGCUAGUCGGAAACAAUAACAACAACAACGGCGACCACACCGUUCUCGCGCAAGGGAUAUUGGUGCGGCUCAAUCACCAUCUCAGCUACAACAAUAACAACAAGAACCCUCCGUUUCAAAGAGCGGCUUCUCACAUAACCGAAUCUCACCUCUCACGAAUCAAAAACGCAUCUCCACCAUUAAUCUCACCAGAGAAUCUCAUCCUUAGAAUCGCAGCUUACAGAGCCUUUUCCGAAACGUCGCCGUUUCUCCAAUUCGUCAACUGCACAUCGAACCAAUUGAUUCUCGAGUCAUGCAACAACGAGCUAGGGUUUGAUCAGAUCCACAUUAUCGACUUCGACGUCAGUUACGGUGGACAAUGGUCAUCUUUAAUGCAAGAGCUUGUUUUGAGGAGAAGAAACAGAGCAACGUCUCUGAAAAUAACAGUCUUUGCCCCUCCUCCGUCAACAGUCUCCGACGAGUUUGAGCUUAGAUUCACGGAGGAGAAUCUCAGAAGCUUCGCCAAGGAAGUCAAGAUUUCGUUUGAGAUAGAGAUGACACAACAAGAUGUUGGUGCCUUGGUGGUUGUGAAACCUGGUGAGCAACAACCUCUUCCUGGAAUUAUUACAGAGAGAGAUUAUCUGAGGAAGAUCAUAGUGCAAGGUAGAUCAUACAAAUCAACCAAAGUAGGAGACAUUAUGACUGAAGAGGUAUGGGAUCACUGA